CAUACAUAAUUAGCCAGUUAUUUGUUUUAAUCUAAUCAAGGUUGUACAGUGUCACAAGAUAAAAGAUGUUAUUUUGAUAGCAUUCUAUUUAAAAGUCAAAUGCAAUGAUUAUGACGUAGAAAGGGUUUUCCAUAUUCGACAUUUACAUUAGUAUUUCACACUUAGAAAUGGAAUAUAAAACCAUAGGUGAUACUCUAAACAAUUUCAAUCACCUUGUGAAAUGUUAAGAAUAAAACGAAGAAAGUGUUAUUCGCACCUUUAUCUAGAUUUUAGACGUAACCGAAAUAUGUACACUUUCAUAAAUACUUUUUUUCAGGAUCUUCUCAGACAGUAUUGCAGUGAGAUUUUAGAGAAUUGAAUAAGAUAUUAACUUACUGAAAGGAUAUCAGGAUAUUUUUCUCAAUUAAUAAAUUGAUGCAUGAUGUAAGCGACGGAUGAAGAACGUGUUCAGACAUUAAAUGAGGAGAAAAAAAAAACACAAUCAAACAGCUCCGGUUGAAUUCGAUUUAUACAAAAACUCAAAACUCCCGAGACGGAAUUCAGAGGAACUUCUUCACAGAGAUAAUCAAGCUGCACAGAUUUAGCAGUUUAUGAAGAAGAAAAUCAACAUUAAUAAAUAAACCGAGUCAAGUCGUUGUGAAAAACAAAUAGCAAAGUGUAACAAAUACAUGAUUUAAAGUGCCAACAGAUUUGUUCAAAAGCCUUGCCGCAGUGUGAAAAAGUGACCUAAAAAUAAACAAAGCAAGGAUCACCAUCGUUAAAUUAUACGUUGUCUGAAACCAUCACCCAAGAAGCGCAAGAUCUUUAUCUAAACGGGUAAAGAUUGACACAAAAGUUGUCCUAAAGAGUUUUUCAAAACCGCAGAGAAAAUCAUCUGAACUGAUCUUAAUUGUAUCAUUUAAAAAUAACAUUUUCCAGAUCUCAGAACAGAUUUGAAAACGGGUGAAGAUUUUCUUUUGUUCAUGACAACUCCGCCCAUUUGCUGACAUUGUGGAUUUUAAUUUACAAUUUCAAUCGAGUGCGCCGGCCAUACGAGACAUCCUGAGUUUAAAUGGGCUUAAAAGGUGUCUAAAUUGACUGUCUUUUGUUGGUUUUAGUUUAGGGCUUCACAUCUGUGUAGUAGUUAGAAAAGAAAAGUCAAAGCCUGGACACUGGUGAAGCUGUACCUAAUUUCACGGCGGCUGAACUCGGAUGCAAGGGUUUCUUUUGGCGGGUCAAUAGCUGUGAUUGAUUUAUUUUCAUGCGGAACAGACAGCAGUCUGGAGUUAAUCAAAAUCAAAAGUCGUUUACACACUGAAGAAAUUUAUACACGGAAAUAUAUCAUUUCACAUGUGUGAAAGAUUAAUACCUGAACAUCUGACUAAUUAGCGGCGACAUCAAAAGCACCGGGAUGAUUAAUCAGGACUAAUUAGUUAACCAAGAUCAAAGGACACGUAUACAAAUAAUAACUGCUACAACAAGAACGAAACUUUUUCGUACAUGUAGGAGUUAAACGGUUAAUCAUUUUAACAAAAGCAGCUUAAAAUAUAAAUCGGAUUAUUUUUUUUAUAAAAGUGAGAGAUUAGUGACUCCCAGUAUUGAGACAUAAUAUAUCAGAGAUAUUUUCAAUUCUGCCAAGUUCCAUUAAGAUCGGAUUAGUCGACGAUUUAAGACUUUUAGCAUUUAAAGGCAAGGAAUUGUAGUUGAUUUGUCAAGUAGUGGUGCUAAGUUAAACAGAAAAGUGGAAACGGAAAUUGUUUCUAUAAACAUUCACCUGCUUUGGAAUAUUUGGCUAUUAUACCUGUAUGAAAAGAAAAUACGGCCGAUAAAAUACAUUGACAGGCAUUGAUUGAUAAAAUUAGCUGCACGACAAAAAGGAAAGAAAAAAAAAAUACAUUAAAGAGCAAAAGUGAAAAAGCUCUGCAUUUGAUGUAAGAGUGUUUGGUGAUAAAUUAUUGUCGGCGAUAGAAUUUUAACCAGUCGUAAAAAUCUUCAGAUGGUGAAAUAAAAACUGAAAUCACUUUAGUGUAACGGACGGUAAAUUAAACGUUAUAUACAGACUGUAAAUUGAAUUAAAGCGACGUGUUAACGUUUGCUGAACAGUGGCAAUUAAAACAAGUUGGCAGACAAAAACUGUUACAAACAACAAAACAAUACUGCCAUAUCAUAUUUGACAGAAAUUUAGUUAGCGAAGUUUAAAUGGUAUAAAAACUACGGAACAGCAUUUGUAGAAAGUAUUGCUUUAAAAAUAAUAGCUCGCGAAACAUUGGAUAUCUACAGUACUGGAAGUUUAUCGUCUAUAUUCAAAUAUAUCUCAUCUUUUUUACGGUGUGCGAGUUUUAAUGACAUCGGUCCAUGUCUUGAAUAACUUGAUACAAAAAAUAUUCAUGACCAACAUAUUGUGUUACUAGAUUGAUAUUAUGUGAAACACUCAAGAUCGGAUGAUAACAUAGCGACGGCGGUUAACUGAAGUUAAAAAGAUACUUUUUGUGAACAAUUUUACACGUUUGGAUGUGAAAAGAUCGAGUUGAACUUUAAUGGGCAUUUAUGUUAAUCAUCCAGGUUUAAAGUUGCGUCUUUUGUCUUAAGAGAAUUCGGAAUGUGGGCUUCUUUUUUGAUGGUGCGAUAAACUCGUUUCUUUCAUACUGAUGUAGUAAGGUGGAAAGAAUUUAGUGUUUUGGGAUAUUUUGAACAUAACACCCGUUAUUGACAUUAACAUUAUUUCGUCAAUUUUUCGAAGUUUAUUUGACAGAAGAAAAAUUGGAUUUUAUAAUAUAUUAUAAUCGCUGGAAGAAUUCAUAAACAUACUUUAUGUGCUGACAUAUUUGUGUUUCUAGUAUUAAAGCCCAUUAGACAACGUCGGGCGCUAUUACGCUCCGUUUAAUUAUAUUAGAAAAGCCUGUUUUACAUUUAGUAAAAUAAACAUACGAUAUUAUCAAAGGAGGAUUCUCUUAAGACCUAAUUUAUUUGGACGAGGGAUCAUCCUCAACUGACACCUUAAUCCUAGGUUAUACUCGAGAACUACUUUCUUCGCGGAGGUACAAACCGCUGAUGAACCGGUUAAUGGACUAACUUCAGUGAAUAUUGUGCAUACCAGCAGAGAAAUUUUAAAAUUGCCAAUGUUUGUUCAUUUUUGUGGAUAACUUUCGUAGCUGGGCUUUAAUUUCAUUAUCAGUUUCACAACCGAACGACUUUUGCAGUCGAUUUAAACUUUAAAACAACACGGAAUCGAUUUUCCGUGACACGGAUUAACUCAACGUCUGCUCCUGAAAGGCAUUUAUGACCGAAAGUUUAAUGCAAGAUAGUGCGAAGUGAAAAAAGAAAGUUGAAAAAAGUUCAUUUCGCUGACAGAUUGUCAAUACGAGUGGAGAAAAUACAUAUUUCAACCUGUGUCAGACGUGAAUAUUGGAUGUUAAAAGCGCUAGCAGACGAGAAAAAAGGCGUUAAAUAUUGAUGCAGAAAGUCUAGGGAGAUUGGAUUAAUUGAUCACUUUUAUAUUUUUAAGAAUAUUUCAUAAAAUACAUCGAGCAGACUUGACUGCAUUAAAGGAGAUUUGCAAUUUACUCUGAAAAAAAGAUUUAGAAUCUGAGAAAAUAUGGAAAACCGAUGUAAAAGACGUAACGUAUCCGUUGUGGUGCUAUUUUUAGCAUUAUUGACUGUACCCGCAGAAUCUUCAAAUGGAAACUGUAUUCUGAAGGGAAGAAUUCAUACCGGACUGGAAUGGUACGGUUAUUUGCUUCGAAAAACUUUUCAACAUAAUAUUUCUAGAAUUCAGUAUACUAUUUCGUACCCAUUGUCGGAGUGUUGCGCGAAUAUGCUAAUAUACUAUGACGAUCAAAUGAGGGAUCUUACGCAAGAUAUGACCUGCCAGGAAAGGGAGAAAAUUCUUCCAAAUGUGAGUAACCAAGUUAUUCCUCUUAACGCGAAUAAUGGAACUGUCGGCUGCUCAAUCUGGCGGGAAGAAGGAAAAGAAAGUAUGGUCGUCUGCAUUGGAGAAAGAACACUUAAAUCCAGUGCUCCAAGAACUUGGUAUGUUGCUAUUAGCAGAUGUGGGUCAACUAGUCAAAUGACCUUGAACUAUCAAUUUAAUAUAACCGGAUAUUAUGGCAGAUGUGAAGAUGAUCCGCUGGCAAACACGUACAUUCCGCCGGUUGAGGUAGAAGUAGACAAUAAAAAUCUUCAUGUUGCUAUAGCGAUGGGUGUAAUUGCGGGUAUAGCGUCUAUUGUGGCUAUUGUAUUCAUUGUUUUAUACAUUCUAAGCAGACGACAAAUGAAACAAAAGCCCAAAACAAGCGGAUCAGUGACGUCAUCUCAGGCGACAAUGACACAAGAUAUUUUCUACGUGAAUCCUUCGCUCUCCGAUAGAGAACAUUCCGAUUCUCAGUACAGCCGGUCUAGCUCCGAAAAUUACUAUGAGGUAAUCCCCGACAGACGCAGCUACGAGAGCAUCAAUACACAGUUAGCUCUCCACGGACACGGGGGCCGAACGCUUAAUUUGGCUUCCAUUCCACGUGAACAUAGAGCGAGAAUUCCGUCUUAUAUAUUCGAAGAUAUUCCACCACCGCCCUACCAGCCACCAAAUCUUCAAGGUCAAGGGCAUCAUCACCAUGCUCAUGCGCAUCAGCUGUCAAAUUCUUCCGGGCAUCAGUCUCAAGGGUCAGGUUCGGGUCAUCCGUUGCUAGGAAACUCGAGUCCGUACUCAACCGGUCUACAACAGCAUAUUCCACUGACAACGCGUCUCUUACCGAUAAGUUCCGGAAAUGGCACGCUUAGCGGACCCGUUACUAUGGCUACGACAACGAGAAUGCCAUUGCAGAGCAGUUCGAACGGACUAAUGACGAGCGGUAAUUCGCUUCAGGGUCCAAACCAUACUUCUGCCGGAAAUUAUCAUUCCACAUCGGGUUCAAAUGCAGGACCGCAGGAAAAUCAAAAUGGCGGAAUUACAACUUCCGCUGGAGGACUUAAUUCUCACAGUGCAAACACUUUACCAAGAACACAAACAAAUGACGAUGCCAUUCCAUUACAAAAUGGCGGACCAAUUCAAAAUGGCGGAAUUAACCACGGAACUAUGGGACGUUAUCCGCUCCACAACACAAAUCAUGCAAAACUAUUAAAUCAUGCAUACAGAAUACAACAAUUUGAAACGACGGCGUAAUGAUAGCUUUAGUGAAUUUGAUCAGAUCUGACUGAUGCUAAUGCAUUUAUAAUUCAAUUUAGCGUGUUCAUAUAAAUAUUAAAUUUAUGUUGUUAAAUUUGAAUAUUUUAAGUGUUGAGAUUUUCAUCCCCUGGUUAUAUGAGUAAAGUAUUAAAAAGGACGGCGAAUAGAUAUUGUAACAAUACCAGCAAAAUGCAGUUCCGUUUAAAUUCGCAGUUGGACUAAACUGCAAGUUUUGGAUUAAACAGGUUUUCGAAUUUUGCCAGUGAAAAUUAUUUUGCUGUUAUUUUGUUAUGUAUUGUAAAGGUAUGGCUUAUAGGAGGCCAAAGUCAUGCAUAAUUCAUUGCUGUAGCAGAUUUGUGGUUUUGAUACACGUCUGUUUUUUAUCAUUUGUUAAUGGUAUCGCAAUAUACCACAUUCUGGAAUUAACUACUUUGUAUUUCGUUAAUGUUAUUUUUCGAUCACUGUUUUAUUCAUAUCUUUUAGUGUAAUCUAUUUUCUAUUUAUAGACUUUCCGAGAUGAUAGGAAGUAGGAAAGUCAUAUAAAUUUUAAGUUUCAUUUUCAAAUUUUUUAAUGUAGUCAGUAAGUUUCCCUAUAUGUCUAAUAUCUCUGAGAAAACCUCUAAACUAGACUGGCUUCUGUUGCUGUUAUGAAAAAUAGACAAAUUCUUCAUUAAUCUGGCAGCUAAUCUAUUUAUGCAUAAAUAACAUUGAUAGAAGUUUCAUUUUUAUAACUGAUUACCAUGUUAAAAAUUAAAAUCAAAGGCAAUAUUCUAACGAUUUUGCGCCAUUUUUUCAAGUCUUUCCUUAUUUACAUAUAAUUACUUGUGCACGUGCAAAAAACAACGACAAGGUCGUUGAUGGACGUUAAACAAAGAAGUUAAAUUGGAAGAAAUAGAGAAUAUUACAUGAGUGUUUUUUCAUAUUGAAUUUAUGAAACGAGUUGAAUAAAAUGAUAAAAUGCGAGGCUCUGCCGAACAUUUAAUCAAUUUUAUUCAACGAGUUUAAUAAAUUCAAUAUGGAAAGUCACAAAUGUAAUAUUCUUUUUAUCACAUGUUAGUCUUUCCUGACGAAACAUCAAAAUUUCUACUUUCUUUUACUAUAUAAACAAGUCUAUUUGAUCAACGUUUCCAAUACUAUAAACGACGUCGACGUCAAAGCUUUAUUAAUAAACAUGAUUGUGAUAAAAUGAUAGUAUACACUGAAUAUUUGACGUUAACGUAUCAAAAUGACGUUACGUUUGAAAUGAAAUGCUUAUGUUGUUAUUUACCUUUUUUAUAUCGUAACAUUAGUAUGCAACUGAUGUGUGUAAAACAGUGAAUACUUUCGAAUAUGUGUGAUUGACAAAGAGUUACAGUGACGGAUGGGAAACUUUAAUUAGUUUAAUAUGAUUAAACUUUCUGUAAAUGGUAAAUGUUAUGGUGUGUAAAUAACGUUACGUCCUAUUUUAUCGAUGUGCUAUUGUUUUAAACAAAAAUAUGUAUGAAAGACGAUAUUGUGUUUGUAGAAUAAACUUUUGUAUAAGCAAGAAAAGAGGUAUGAAGCAUUUUUAGAUCAUCAGUUCUUAGUGAAUAGGAAUUAUUGUAAACGUUGUUUAGUGGAAAUAUAACUGACACAAAGUUUUGUUUUUGUAAUAAAAAGAUGACUAGAAAGUUGUUCAAUGACAUGCGUUUUAUUGCAAUAUUUUUCUCGAUACGAAUUCCUAGAUUUGCAAUUUGCUUUUCUUUUCCAUUUUGUAAUAUGUUUUCGCGUUUGCGUAUGUUGUUAUGGAUAUCAGAAAAUGCAUUUAGAUAUAGUGAAUACAUGUCAACAGUCACUUUGAAAUGCAUUUUAUAUCAGUAUACUGUGGAGUACUUGUAGUACUUUGAUUUGUACGUUUUUGUAAUUAAAUGCCAAUUUCUUCAAAUACAUUUUUACCAUAUUUUGUUAUGAAAAUGUUGUAUUUAACCUGAUACGAACGUUCAAGUAAAUGUGCAAUUCUA